UUAAGAUCACACUGAAAAACAAACCUCCAACAAGGAGAGGGAUAUUGUCCCUUGUGAGCUCGAUCUACGAUCCAUUAGGGUUUUUGGCACCUGUGGUGCUGCCUGCUAAGUUGAUCCUUCAGAAACUGUGCAGAAGUCAUUGGGGUUGGGAUGAUGUGUUGCCAGUUACUGUUGAACAAGAAUGGACAGUUUGGCUAAAUGAUCUUUGCCUUCUUGCAGAUUUUAAGGUCGACCGGUGCCUUAAACCUUCUGAUUUUGGAGACGUUGCUUCUGCUCAGUUACAUCACUUCGCAGAUGCAAGCGAGGAGGGUUAUGGCACAGUCACUUAUCUGCUGUUGCGCAGCACCCAGAAUCAAGUGCAUUGUGCGUUUAUAAUGGGUAAAGCAAGAGUGGCUCCAUUGAAACAAACUUCCAUUCCUCGCAUGGAAUUGACAGCUGCCUUAGUUGCGAGUAGAAUGGAUAAGAUGUGGAAAAAAGAGCUGCAAAUGCAUUUGCAGGAGUCAGUAUUCUGGACUGAUAGUACCUCGGUGUUAAGGUAUAUCAGCAAUGAAACCUCAAGGUUUAAAGUGUUUGUAGCAAACCGGGUGACGUUGAGAGAGGCAGUGGAAGGAUGGAAUCAGGCACAGAUUCAGGAGAUGCUGCUGCAAAAGGGCAUAAAAUGGAUUUUUAAUCCUCCUGCUGGUUCCCAUCAUGGCGGUGUUUGGGAACGUCUCAUAAGGUCUGUCAGGAAGGUGUUAAAUUCCAUUUUGAAAGUGCAGAAUUUGGACGAAGAAGGCCUUUGUACAGUUCUUUGUGAGGCAGAGGCUAUUGUGAACAGUAGACCAAUAACUAAAGCCUCUACUGAUCCUAAUGAUUUGGAGGCCUUGACUCCUAACCAUCUGUUGUUGCUUAAGACCAAGCCAUUGAUACCACCAGGAGUGUUUCAGAAGGGGGACGUGUAUGGACGACGUCGAUGGAGGCAAGUACAGUACAUGUCUGACCUGUUCUGGAAGCGCUGGGUCAAGGAGUACCUGCCCCAGCUUCAAGAGCGUCAGAAGUGGCAGAGAAUCGGACGGAACUUCAUUCCUGGGGAUGUGGUUAUCGUUGUCGAUGAUUCUGCGCCUCGUAACUCUUGGGUGACUGGAAGGAUUGUGGAAGCGAUUUCUGACAGUAAAGGACUUGUACGUCGGGUUCGUGUUAAGACAAAGACUGGUUGUUUGGACAGGCCGAUCACUAAAGUGUGUCUUCUACAGGAAGCAGAAGAGUCAUGAAAAUUGACUUUUUUCAAAUAUCUAUUUGCAUUAAUGUAUAUUUAUUUAUUUGGAAUUGAAAUUGUAUCUUUGAAUGUUUGAUAAAAGAUUGAUCAUGUUUAUCAGUAUGUCUCCUACAUGGUAAGUAUGAUGUAAUUAUUGCUCUAAAAUAAUUAGGGGCCGGUAUGUAGGAGCCAUAUGAGUUGUUUCCGUCU